AUGGUGUACGACCCUGUACGUGACUGCGACAUCCCAAGUCCGGCCGUCAGCCGGCGCGCGUCGCUGUGGGGGACGCCACCGCCUAGCGCGACGUCGCAGCAAGGCGGACCAGUUCCUCCCGCGUUCCAAAAUGAGCGUUCUCCCCUCCCGUCCCCAUCGAUCCGGCCAGCGAGUGCUGGCCUCCGCUCACUCCUCAACGACGAGUCGGACAUAUACACGUCCAGACGCGGGUCGGACCACACCGUGUCCAGUGUUGCGGACGACGAACACUCUUCUCGCCCCCAUCUUGCCAAACUACUCAACGAACCGGCGCCACUGCUGCGCCCGACCUCAUCGCAUUCGGGACACUCCGGUUCUCCACGGCUAUCGUCCCCUAGUGUCUCACUUCAUCCAGGGGCCGGACCACGAGGGACGAUAGGCACACGGUCGCCGCACAUCAGCCCCAACACAAUCCCUCAACACCUCGUCUCUUCUCCCAGUACAUCUCAUCCAUACGAUACCUACGUUCCAGGUCCUUCCUCUAGACGGUCCUCCAUCGACACGCAGUCAAUGCCGCCACCCGAGCCUCCUUUCAUUCACAGGCACGAGAGUGUGCAGAGCGCUGGCUCCGUCUCGCCGCGCGCACAGAGCUUCCACCAGCCUCGUGUGGCGCCGGCGGGGCGGGGCAGUCUCUCGCGCCCAACCUCUGCGCGGAGUUCAAGUGGGGGCUUCGCGGCGCCGCCUCCUCCUGCCUCGAGCUCGCCUGAGGGUUCAGUCCGCCUUCUAUCGGAGGAGACGAUCGGCGGACCCAACGGCCGCCCUCCCCGGCCCGCGAAGGAAUACAGACCCCAUCGGCCCUCUAGGUACCGCUCCAUCACGCUGGACGAUCUUGCACGCUUGCGCGACCAGGCGGUGCACAACAACCCCCUACGGCGAGCGGCGCGCCAGGCCGCACCAUCGUGGUCUGCCCCAUCGCCGCGCGUUGACGACAUGGACGGGCCGCGCUCGGCCGGCCCUUCGCGGCGCGGCUCGACGGCAUCCAACGUUGAGCGGCCGCACUUUGGGUGGAACGGCAGCCCUGCGCCCGGCAGCAAGCGCCACUCGGGUGAGGUUGAUGCAGACUCGAAGCGGCGGCGCACAGACUACAGGGGCAACGUGGCGACAAUCGCAUCGCACUACAACCAGCGCGCAGAGGUCGGCAUCGAGCAACGCGAGUUCAGUCCCAUCAUCGGACUGAAAAAGUUUAACAAUUGGAUCAAGAGCGUUCUUAUCGGCAAGUUUACGCAGCGGCGGCGCGGCGGCGGCGCAAGAGUCCUCGAUAUUGGGUGCGGCAAGGGCGGCGACUUGAACAAGUGGAAGCAAGCGCGCAUUGCCCUAUACGUCGGCAUGGAUAUUGCCGAGACAUCGAUCAACCAGGCCCGCGAGCGUUGGCAGACCAUGCGCGGGAAUCGAUUCGAGGCAUUUUUUUCCGCGCACGACUGCUACACUAACCCGAUUCACGAGGCACUGCCGCCGCAGUAUACCAUGCGCGACCUAUACGACAACGUCAGCAUGCAGUUCUGCAUGCACUAUGCGUUCGAGACCCCCGAAAAGGCACGCAUGAUGAUGGACAAUGUCACAAGAUACCUCAAACCCGGCGGGUUAUUCAUCGGGACGAUUCCAAACUCGGCGCUGCUACUCUCCCGCCUCGAUGAACAGCCCGACGACGAGCUCUCCUUUGGAAACUCGUGCUGCCAGAUCACAUUUGCUGAACGCCACCACCAAGGCAUAUAUGGACGCGAGUACCGAUUCUAUCUCCAGGACGCGGUCGAGGACGUGCCCGAGUACAUUGUGGACUGGGACAACUUUGUCGCGCUUGCUGGCGAGUACGGCCUUGAGCUCGUCUACCAGAAAACAUUCAAUGACAUCCUUCAAGAGGAGCAGAGUAGUCGCGAGUUCGGCCCGUUGCUUGGCAAGAUGGGCGUCAUCAAUGAGAAUGGCGAGAGUGCGAUGGACGCGGACCAGUGGGAGGCGGCGAACUUGUACAUGGCCUUCGCGUUUGAGAAGCGCUAG